CUUUAAGCUCCAGCCAGUACAGAUAUCAGGGUUGUAGCUGUGCACAUAAAUAAAGCUUUAUUGCCAACUUAAAUCCACAUUUUCCAGGUUGUUAUUGAAUCUUUUAAAAUCCAAGCAGCACUAGGACCAUGAAACUACUUUCUCCUUGGGGGGAGGGGCCAGAGCAGCAUUUUGUGGCAGUUACACAGAACAGGCAGUGAGUUUUGUCAUAAACUGCCACAUGUGAAUGGCAGUGCUCCUGGCAGAGACUCUAGCCACUGGCCCCGGGAUGAAUUGGCCCCAAACUGACUGGUGACAAGAACACUAGGAGCCUGGGAAGCUGAUGUGAGGAUUGGGGGAAGAAUCUGUGGAAAAGGAAGUCCCAGGGAAUCGGGAAGUGAGAGAAGAAGCGGUAGAGAAGACCCAGAAACUAACGAUCAAGAGGCCAUUAAACCGUAUGCAACUUCUCCAACACCAGCAAAUCCUCAUAUCGGAGAGAAAAAUCUGUAUCAGACUCCGAAAAAGCUUUAGUACAAUGAGCCUUCCAAAUUCACAGAAGAAACUUCCCUCGGUCAGAAAACAAUUCAAAUGCCCCGAAUGUGGGAAAAGAUUUGUGAAGAAAAAAUAUCUUAUUGUUCACCAGAAAAUUCACACUGGGGAGAAACCUUUUGAGUGCACAGAAUGUGGGAAAAGAUUUAGACUUAGACAUAUCUUUACGCAACACCAAUUAAUUCACACCGGGGAAAAACCAUUCAAGUGCACAGAAUGUGGCAAAAGUUUUAGACUGAAGCAUGUCCUUACAACGCACCAGAGAAUUCAUACAGGCGAGAAACUUUAUGCAUGUACAGAAUGCGGCAAACAAUUCUCUAAACGGAGCAGCCUUCUCAGCCACUACAAUGUUCAUACAGGAAUAAAACCGUUUGUGUGCACAGAAUGUGGCAAACGCUUCUCUCAGAAAGAAAACCUUCAGAAUCACCAAAUAAUUCACACAGGAGAGAAAUCACACAAGUGCACAGAAUGUGGGAAGAGUUUCCGAGACAGCAGUACCCUUAGAAAACACCAGAGAAUUCACAUAGGGGUGAAACCAUAUACAUGCACAGAAUGUGGGAAAACCUUUGCAAGAAAAGAUCACCUUGAUUCUCACCUGAGUACUCACACAGGGGAGAAACCAUUCACGUGCACGGAAUGUGGCAAAAGCUUCAGGCUAAGCAGUAUCCUUCGAAUCCACCAGAGAAUUCACACAGGGGAGAAACCGCGCGCAAAAACCCACCUUAAUAAACCCCCGAGACUUCACACAGAGGAGAACCCAUUUAUGUGCACAGAAUGUGGGAAAGGUUUCAGGCUAAAAGAAUUCCUUAAAGAACACCAGAGAAUUCACACGGGGGAGAAACCUUUCACAUGCACAGAAUGUGGGAAAAGAUUUACAAGACAAAGUAACCUUAAUAUUCACCUGAGCAUUCACACAGGAGUAAAAGCUUUUGCAUGCACAGAAUGUGGGAAAAGAUUUGCAAGAAAAUGCCAAGUGUGGGCUCACCUGAGAACUCACACAGGAGAGAAACCAUUCAAGUGCACAAAAUGUGGCAAACGUUUUGCGCUAAGUAGUACCCUUAGAAAACACCAGAGAAUUCACACACAGGAGAAACUUUUCAAGUGCACAGAAUGUGACCAAUGUUUCUCUGUACUGAACAACUUAAAAUAUCACCAAAGAAUUCACACCGGGGAGAAACCCUGCAUGUGCCCAGAGUGUGGGAGAAGUUUCAUGACAGAGUCAAACCUUAAAAAGCACCAGAGAAAUCACACGGGGGAGAGACCUUACAAGUGCGCAGAAUGUGGCAAAAGUUUCACUUUAAAGACUGUCCUUAAAAGACACCAGAGAAUUCACACAAAGGAGAAACCUUAUGCAUGUACAGAAUGUGAGAGAAAAUUCUCUACAAAGGACCGACUUUCUUCUCACAUAAGUGUCCACACAGGAGCUUUUAUAUGUGCGGAAUGUGGGAAACAAUUGUCUCGUAAGGAACACCUCGAACGCCACAUGCAACUUCACGCAGAAGAAAAAACAUUUACCUGUACAGUAUGUGAGAAAAUCUUUUCUAAUAAGAGAAACCUCCUGUACCCCCACACAACUCACACUGGGGAGAAACCAUUCAUAUGCACAAGAUGUAAGAAUAUGCAGCACUCUGAUAUUUUCUCCUGCACACAAUGUGGCAAACCGUUCUCUAAAAUGAAAAACCUUAUCAGACACCAGAAAAUUCACACGAGGAGUGAAACGUUCCCGUGUACAGAAUGUGGCAAACAUUUUGCUACAAAGAAAUCCCUAACUACACACAAGAAACUUCACUUAAAAAGGGAAACUUUCCCAUGUACAGAAUGUGGCAAACAUUUCUUAUCAAAGACCUACUUUCAGCAGCAUUUUAUUACCCACACAGAGGAGAAACCAUUCACCUGCACAGAAUGUGGCAAAUGUUUUUCUAUAAAGACGAACCUUAUACAACACCAGAGAAUUCACAUAAAAAAGGAAUCUUUCCUAUGUACAGAAUGUGACAAGUCUUUCUCUACAAAGACCAGCCUUCAGCUGCAUCGUAUGGACCACACAGGGGAGAAACCUUUGACCUGCACAGAAUGUGGCAAAUGUUUCUCUACAAAGAUCUACCUUAGUAGACACCGGAAAAUUCACACAAAACAGGAAACAUUCCCAUGUACAGAAUGUGGCAAAUCUUUCUCUAAAAAGAGCAACCUUCAGCGGCAUUCUAUUACCCACACAGGGGAGAAACCUUUCACUUGCACAGAAUGUGGCAAAUAUUACUCUACAAAAACGACCCUUAGCAAUCACCAGAGACUUCACAUCAAAUGGAAUCUUUCCCAUGUACAGAAUGUGACAAACAUUUCUUGAAAACGGGAAACCUUCGACUUCAUUAUAUAAUCCACACGUGGCAAACAUUUUCACAUUGCUCUUAUGUCAACAAAUUCACUCAUAGCAACUAUUUUUGCCUAAAACAGAUUAUACCUGCAGGAGAGAAACCUUUCACUUGCACAGAAUGUGGCAUAAGCUUGUUUACUUUAAGGGAUACUGUUAUGGGAAAACAUGUUUUUUUUCAAAACACAUCAGUUAAUAGUGCUGCUCCAGCAGAAUU